AUGUUUAGACUCGCGAUCGAACAACUUUCGAAGAAGCUGUUUUGCAGCACUUUCUCGUGGACCAGAACCCAAUCCAAUAUCGAGAAAAUCGUAUCCGUCGAAGGUAACGCAUUUUUCCGAGUGAGCCUUUCAUAAAAAAACGUAUACUUUCAGGUGCACUAGACUUUCCAGCAUGUGAGCUUCAAGCUACUGAACAUGCAGAAAUCACACAGGGUUCUCACAAACAGAAGUAAGAAAAGAAAAGACAAUCAACUUGAUAUCGAAACAAGAAAGUUGUUCACAGAUGCCUCCAGCAGCCAGUCCACUUUCCUUCUCAGAGUUCCUUUGGUUCGGAUCUAAGCCUCAUCUCGAAAUGCUCAGUAAUAUCCAUUGAUAAUGAUUAUUAAGAAAACAAUUCGCCUUUUCUUGAUUUUGAUUCAGUUGAAUAAAUUUAUUGAUGCCUAAACCAAUUGUUUCACUUUCUUUCUUUGAAGUUUGAUCUAAAACGGUGUAUGUGCCUCAUUAUCGUGUUUUAACAAAAUGAUUGGCGCUUUUCGACAGGAAUUAUUGGGCGGAGCUCCUAAAACACCGGUUCUGUGCCGUACCGUCUUAAUAUAAAAAGACUACUGAUCAAACGAAUGCAUUCUCUUCACAAUGUGUGAUUUUCUAGACUUUGAUUGCAGAGAGAAAGGUUAGUUAUGUUUCAACGGAUCCGCGACAUUUCGGAAUGUAGCGGAGCGGUUUGAAUACUCAUCUUUUAUUCAAUCUCUAUUUCAGAUCCGAGAAAGGAAACAUUUCGACAGGACGUGGUGGUAGGCGGAACACUGGUUGCAGUUCUUUGUGCAUGCGGUUUCUUAGCCUUCAUAGUCCUUUUCUUUAUAAAAUGUGUAAAGAUGAUUUGCAGAAGAAAAAAAGCCAAAAUCUCCGGGAAAAGGUUGGCUUCAAUAAUUGAUUUUCACUAGAAUAAUUGUAAUUUUUUCAGAACACAAACGGCACCGCUGGUAG